UUCCGCGAAGAGAAGUUUGAAAAGCAUCGAUUCACUGUAAUGUGCGAUUAAAAUCUCUGCAGAGUUGGAAAACCAAACGGUGCAGACUCGGUUCCUAAUGUCUAAUUUCUUUGAUAUAGGAAGAUUGGUUUCGCAAGGAGUUUGACGGUCGUGGAUAAAGUACUGGAAUGGAACUGGCUGUUGUCAGAGCCAUACAGGGAGCCUCAUUCAGCACUCCACUGCUUGAAGUGAAGAAAUAACACGACUUUCGAAUCUUUUCGAGGAUGCAUUUCAACGUGUUCCUGUGCGGACUGAUUACUCUUUCGCUGCUUCCUUCCAACUUCCUGAGAGCCCACGGCCAGUUUCAGGGAGAAAGGGGGAUCUCCAUCCCGGACCACGGUUUCUGCCAACCCAUCUCCAUUCCACUCUGCACGGACAUCGCCUACAACCAGACCAUCAUGCCCAAUUUACUGGGGCAUACCAACCAAGAGGACGCCGGGCUGGAAGUCCACCAGUUUUACCCGCUGGUGAAAGUGCAGUGCUCCCCCGAGCUGAAAUUCUUCCUGUGUUCUAUGUACGCUCCGGUCUGCACCGUGCUGGAGCAGGCGAUCCCUCCAUGCCGCUCUAUCUGCGAGCGGGCGAGGCAAGGCUGCGAGGCUCUGAUGAACAAGUUCGGCUUCCAGUGGCCCGAGAGGUUGCGUUGCGAGAACUUCCCCGUGCACGGCACCGAGCAACUGUGCGUGGGUCAGAACCGCUCGGAGGAAGGCAGCCCCACCACUGUCCCCACCGUUGCCGACAACGACCUGGGCACCCCUAACCCGCCCCGCUACAACCGCGACCAGCCCUUCAACUGCCCCCGAGCCCUCAAAGUCCCCUCGUACCUCAGCUACAAGUUCCUGGGCGAGAAAGACUGCGCGGCGCCCUGCGAGCCCUCCAAGAGCAACGGCUACAUGUUCUUCAACGACGAAGAGAUCAAAUUCGCCCGCAUAUGGAUCCUGAUUUGGUCUUCGCUCUGCUGCGCCUCCACUUUAUUCACCGUGACCACCUACUUGGUGGACAUGCAGAGAUUCCGCUACCCGGAGCGGCCCAUCAUCUUCCUGUCCGGCUGCUACACCAUGGUGUCCAUCGCCUACAUCGCGGGCUUCAUCCUGGAAGACAAGGUUGUGUGCAACGAGAGGUUCGCCGAGGACACUUACAAGACCGUGGUGCAAGGGACUAAGAAGGAAGGCUGCACCAUCCUCUUCAUGAUGCUCUACUUCUUUAGCAUGGCCAGUUCCAUCUGGUGGGUCAUCUUGUCUCUCACUUGGUUUCUGGCGGCCGGCAUGAAAUGGGGCCACGAAGCCAUCGAGGCCAAUUCUCAGUACUUUCACCUGGCCGCUUGGGCGGUGCCGGCCGUCAAGACCAUCACCAUCCUGGCCAUGGGUCAGAUCGACGGCGACCUCUUGAGCGGAGUGUGCUUCGUCGGCCUGAACAGCAUCGACCCGUUGCGGGGAUUCGUGCUGGCGCCGCUCUUUGUCUACCUGUUCAUCGGCACCUCCUUCCUGCUGGCCGGCUUCGUCUCCCUCUUCCGAAUCCGGACCAUCAUGAAACACGACGGCACCAAGACGGAGAAGCUGGAGAAACUGAUGGUGAGGAUCGGGGUGUUCAGCGUGCUCUACACCGUGCCCGCUACCAUUGUGAUUGCAUGUUAUUUCUACGAGCAGGCGUUCAGGGAGCAAUGGGAAAAAAGUUGGAUCAGCCAAACUUGCAAAAGCUACGCCAUCCCCUGCCCCAUUCACUACUACCCCAGGAUGACUCCAGAUUUCACUGUGUACAUGAUCAAGUAUCUGAUGACCCUGAUCGUGGGCAUCACGUCUGGCUUUUGGAUCUGGUCGGGAAAGACUUUACAUUCCUGGCGCAAGUUUUACACCAGACUCACCAACAGCAAACACGGAGAGACAACCGUGUGAGAAGGAGACAAAAGUAAACACGGGACUCUGUGUUUUUAUUAUUUUUUUUGUUAAUUGGUUUUACUUAACGUUUGCAUUAGGAUAACUUCCCAAGAUGUAAUAAAAACUGUAAAUAGCAUUUGUAAAAAAAUUCUUAAUUAUAUAUUUGUAUUUAAAAAAAAGAUCCUACUUGAGAAUUUUUUUAUAUUUUGGUACUUAGUCUUCAUUGACUUGCCAGUGGAUUUCCGAAAAAAAGCAGCUAGACUUGAAAACUGAUAUGGGUGACUCAAUGGGUCUUUUGAGUCGAUCCCAUAAAAGCAAAGAGACUCUUAAUGGUUUGUCCUUUCUCCCUCCCCUUCCUGCUGGGGUGAUGUAGAAAUCGCGGCGUUGCCACAUUUACAGAAAGUCUAGAUUUUUAAAAAACUAUUUUUUCUCUUUACUCCUACACUUCCCCCCCCCCCCCC